AUGGCAGGCGACAAGAUUGUUCGCACGCCUGCGCGCGCGCCCAAGUCGACCCCCACACCAUCGUCGUCGAAGCAGCGAUCUAUCGUCUCGUUCUUUCAAAAAUCAUCACCGGCAACUGCAUCACCACCCUGUCUGAAGGAAACGGAGGCGAACUCGCUGCCGCCGCCACCACCUCCGGCGCCGAAGCCAAAGGCCUCAAAACUCUCGACCCCUGUGGCAAGCAGCGACGCCAUCGAGCCCAGCAGCUCCCAGGAAAACGAACGGUUGCCGGCCGUCAUGUCUUCGCAGAGACGUGCAAGUAAUCUGGCCACAUCGAAGGCGGCGGAAGGCUCGAGCCCGACGCGCAAGGCCAAAAAGCCCAUCAGCUACGCCGAAGCGUCCGAUUCCGACGACGAACCAUUCACAUACGCUUCCAAAUCGGCACGGCGUCGGCGGCCCGCCGUCAAGCACGAGGACGAGUACGAGGAGGACGAAAUGCAGCACGACGAUGAUGAUGAUGACAUGGACGACUUUAUAGCCUCCGAAUCCGACGAGGAUAGGCCGAAAAAGCGCAAGCGACCCUCGAAGCCAGUAGCAUCACGAAAGCGUGCCAACGUUUCUUCCCAAGCAUCGUCGCCUCAGCAGCAUCCCGCAGCCGCCGACGCCGACGUCGUGUUGGACGCGGACAUGGAGGCUCCGAUAGACGCGUCGAGUUCUACUGCGGCGCUGUGGAGCUAUGACCCCGAGUCAACCGACAGACGUCCUGUCACGGCCCGUGCCGACCGUGCCAGAGAUCCAACGGGCAAGGAAAAGGCACACACGAGGGAGCCGGAAGACCGCUACCCUUGGCUUGCCAAUAUCAAGGACAAAGAGCGGCGCGCUCGCGGGGACCCGGAUUACGACCCACGCACAAUCUACAUUCCACCCAUGGCCUGGGCCAAGUUCUCGCCCUUCGAGAAGCAGUACUGGGAGAUCAAGCAGAACCUGUGGGAUACCAUCGUCUUUUUCAAAAAAGGAAAGUUCUACGAGCUGUACGAGAAUGACGCCACCGUCGGCCACCAGGAGUUCGACUUCAAGAUGACGGACCGUGUCAACAUGCGCAUGGUGGGCGUUCCCGAGAGCUCCUUGGACCACUGGGUCAACCAGUUCAUCGCCAAGCAGUACAAGGUCGCUCGCGUCGACCAGAUGGAGACCAACCUGGGCAAGGAGAUGCGCGAGCGCCAAGACAAGAACAAAAAGGCCGACAAGGUCAUUUCGCGCCAGCUGGCCUGCGUUCUGACGGCGGGGACUCUGGUCGAUGGUGGUAUGCUUCAGGAUGACAUGGCCGCCUACUGCCUUGCCGUCAAGGAGUCCGAGUUGGAUGGCAUGCCGGCCUUCGGCAUCGCCUUUGCGGACACGGCUACCGGUCGCUUCCAUUUAUCGGCAUUCGUCGAUGACGCCGACUUGACAAAGUUCGAAACCCUCAUUGCUCAGACGGGACCGCGUGAGCUACUUCUCGAAAGGUCGCGCCUGUCCACCAAAGCGCUCCGAAUCCUCAAGAACAACACGAGCCCCACGACUAUUUGGACCCAUCUGAAGCCAGGCAUCGAGUUCUGGGAUGCCGAUGUGUCUCGCAGGGAACUAAACUCAGGAGGCUACUUCGCCGACGACUGGCCCAAAGCCCUGCAGAUGCACAAAGACGACGACCUCGUCAUGUCCGCCAUGGGCGCUCUCGUGUCCUACCUCAAGUUUCUCAAGCUCGAGGGCCCCCUCAUCUCCCAGGGCAACUUUGAAACGUACGACCCGAUCCAAAAGAACGGAACGCUCGUUCUCGACGGUCAGACGCUCGUCAACUUGGAGUUGUUCUCCAACUCGGUCAACGCCGGCACCGAGGGGACGCUGUUUAACCUGCUGAAUAAGUGCGUGACGCCGUUCGGGAAGCGCCUCUUUAGGAAGUGGGUUGCCCAUCCCCUCUGCCACAUCGAUCGCAUCAACGAUCGGUUGGAUGCGGUGGAGAUGAUGAACGCGGAUCCGUCGGUCCGCGAGCAGUUUGCGUCGCAGCUUGUCAAGAUGCCUGAUCUGGAGCGGCUCAUCUCGCGCAUCCACGCUGGCGUGUGCAAGCCCGAGGACUUUGUGCGUGUCUUGGAGGGCUUUGAGCAGAUAGAAUACACCAUGGGCCUCCUCGGCGCGUUCAAGGGCGGCAGCAACCUCGUCGACAAGCUCGUUUUGGCCAUGCCCGACCUCGAAGAACCUCUGAGCUAUUGGCGGACGGCCUUUGACCGCCGCAUGGCGCGGGACGACAAGUUGCUCAUACCGGAGCGUGGCAUCGAUGAAGAUUUUGAUCGGAGCCUGGACAACAUGGAAGAGAUCAAAGGGCAGCUCCAGGAGCUGCUUCGUGCGAAAAAGUCCGAGCUCAAAUGCAAGGGUGUCAAGUUUACCGACGUCGGCAAGGAGAUCUAUCAGUUGGAGGCGCCAAAAGCAGCCAAAGUCCCUUCGAGCUGGCGGCAGAUGUCGGCGACGAAAGAUGUCAAGCGAUGGUACUUUGCGGAGCUCACUCAGCUCGUGCGGGAGCUGCAAGAAGCGGAAGAAACGCAUUCGCAGCUUGUUCGAGAGGUCUCCCUGCGCUUCUUCAAGAAGUUUGAUGUUGAUUAUUCCACUUGGCUGCGCGCCAUUGCGAUUGUCUCGCAGCUGGACUGCCUCGUCAGCCUCGCGAGGACAUCGUCGUCUCUGGGACAGCCGAGCUGCAGGCCGAUGUUUGUUGACGAGGAGCGAAGCGUCGUGGAAUUAGAGGGCUUGCGACACCCCUGCAUGAUGAACAGCGUCGAUGACUUCAUUCCCAACGACAUCAAACUCGGCGGCGACAAGGCAAAGAUCGACCUGCUCACGGGCGCCAACGCCGCCGGCAAAUCGACCGUUCUCCGCAUGACGUGCGUGGCCGUCAUCAUGGGCCAGAUUGGAUGUUUCGUCCCAGCCGUGUCUGCGCGACUUACACCCGUCGAUCGCAUCAUGUCCCGCCUGGGUGCCAACGACAACAUUUUCGCGGCGCAGUCGACCUUCUUCGUGGAGCUUUCGGAGACGAAGAAGAUCCUCGCCGAGGCGACGCCGCGGUCGCUGGUGAUCCUGGACGAGCUCGGACGCGGAACAAGUUCGUACGACGGUGUUGCCGUCGCGCAGGCGGUGCUGCACCACGUCGCGACUCAUAUUGGCUGCGUCGGCUUCUUUGCCACCCACUACCACUCGCUGGCGACUGAGUUUGAGAACCACCCCGAGAUCCGUGCCCGGCGAAUGCAGAUCCACGUCGAUGAGGAGGAGCGCCGGGUGACGUUCAUGUAUAAGCUGGAAGACGGCGUUGCCGAGGGCAGCUUCGGCAUGCACUGCGCGGCCAUGUGCGGCAUCGCGACGCGCGUCAUCGAGAGGGCCGAGGUGGCGGCGAAGGAGUGGGAGCACACGAGCCGGCUGAAGGAGAGCUUGGAAAAGGCCAAGACUGGAUGCUACAUCCCCCUGGGCCUUCUCAGCGAUGUGAGCGCGCUUCUAGGUGACAAGGGUGACGUUGGCAACGGGGCAGUUGGGGUGCUCCUCGAAGCAAUUGAGCGUUUGUAG